AUGUGGUAUCAUGUGUUGAAAUUGGAUCCCGGUGGACUUAUUAUAGACACUGACGUCGUGUAUAGACAGGAUUCCUGCAUAAGGACUGAGGUGGUAGCCCGUCGUUCGGACCUGAAACUGAUCGUAACCUCAGCCACAAUGGAUUCCAGCAAGUUUGCUACGUUUUUCGGCAACGUCCCGACGUUCACGAUACCUGGACGAACGUUUCCAGUUGAGACUUUCUUCGCUAAAAACGUCUGUGAAGAUUACGUGGAUGGAGCUGUGAAGCAGGCUCUUCAAAUACAUCUUCAGCCUGAUGAAGGUGACAUACUGAUAUUCAUGCCUGGUCAGGAGGAUAUUGAGGUCACAUGUGAGGUAUUAACAGAAAGGCUAGGCGAUCUAGACGCAGCCCCUCCGCUCACUGUACUACCGAUAUAUUCGCAACUACCCGCAGAUUUGCAGGCGAAGAUCUUUCAACGCGCACCGCCGGGUCAACGGAAAUGUAUCGUCGCUACCAAUAUUGCCGAGACAUCUCUUACCGUGGAUGGUAUAAUGUACGUUAUCGACUGUGGCUACUGCAAGCUGAAGGUAUACAAUCCACGAAUCGGUAUGGAUGCAUUGCAGAUAUACCCAGUGAGUCAGGCAAACGCUCGCCAGAGGGCGGGUCGUGCGGGUAGAACGGGGCCCGGCAAAGCCUUCUGCCUCUAUACACAGAGGCAGUUCCAACACGAGCUUCUGCCCGCCACUGUACCCGAAAUACAGAGAACUAACCUGGCUAACACCGUGCUGUUGUUGAAAUCGCUUGGCGUUGAAGAUCUUCUGGCGUUCCACUUUAUGGAUCCGCCGCCUCAGGAUACGAUCCUAAAUUCUAUGUACCAGUUGUGGAUUUUGGGCGCGCUAGAUGGUACUGGGGCGUUGACACCACUCGGGAGGCAAAUGGCUGAAUUCCCUCUUGAUCCACCUCAGUGCCACAUGCUUAUAGUCUCUGCACAGAUGGGGUGUAGUUCAGAAGUACUGAUUAUAGUAUCGAUGCUGUCUGUGCCGACGGUGUUUUACCGCCCACAAGGGCGUGAAGAGGAAGCCGAUUCUGUUAAAGAGAAGUUCCAAGUGCCAGAGUCGGAUCAUCUCACACUCUUACAUUUAUACAACCAAUGGAAGAGUAAUAACUAUUCAAGUUCCUGGUGCACUGAACACUUUGUGCACGCGAAGGCGAUGCGCAAGGUGCGCGAAGUGCGACAACAGUUGAAGGAUAUUUUGCAGCAGCAGCGACUACCUCUCGUCUCUUGCGGUACUGACUGGGAUACAGUUAGAAAGUGUAUUUGUUCAGCAUAUUUCCAACAAGCGGCCCGCUUGAAGGGCAUAGGCGAAUACGUGAAUUCUCGUACGGGGAUGCCGUGCCACCUCCAUCCAACCUCAGCCCUCUUCGGCCUCGGCAACUCGCCGGACUACGUGGUGUACCACGAGCUGAUGAUGACGAGCAAGGAGUAUAUGCACUGCGUGACGGCUGUAGACGGCAGGUGGCUGGCGGAACUAGGACCUAUGUUCUUUUCGGUCAAGGAGACUGGGAAAACGAACCGCGAUAAACGCAAAGAAGCAGCCGUUCACUUGCAACGGAUGGAAGAAGAGAUGAAAGAAGCUGAACAGAAGAUGGCAGAAGAGAAGAAGAAAAAAGAUCAAGAUGUUCCCAUUAAGCAGGAAGUUGCUACGCCUGGAUUAGCCACGCCGAAGAGGACGCCGCACCGGCUUGGUCUAUAA